AUGCAUGGCAGCAUAGUGAAUCGCAUGGUUUACGAAGGAGAGGAACUUUUCGAGGAUUAUUGGUCUUACAAGCACUGCGAUUGGGCUAUUACAGGCAUUCAAUUCCUUCGUGUUCAAUCCCGGCCACCUGAGCUAGAUGUAGAAGCAGUUGCACGAGAUAAAGCACUCGGUACUGCUGAGAUCGUACUUUCGCGUGGUCAAUUCGAAACUUACGUUGAGAGCCAUCUCGCCACACCGCUGGAUAAAUCCUUGUUAGUGUGUUUGGCUUUAUGGGGAUCAUUCGAUCAAAAGCGAGAUAGUUGGGUGAUUAAAAUUCCAAGCGAGCAAGAAUAG